CUACAACAAGGGCAUUGUUCUGUAAAUCACACAUCCAUACGGUACUACUCUACAUCAGAUGAACGGUAAGUCAGUGUUAAACUAUUUAUAUUUCAGUAUAACCAAUGAAAUAUCAGAAUAUAUCAUUCUAGUAGUGUAUAAUCAAUUGUAUUGACAAGCAUUACUGUGUGGAUAUGUCCAGAUUUACACAGCACACUACAACAAGGGCAUUGUUCUGUAAAUCACACAUCCAUACGGUACUACUCUACAUCAGACGAACGGUGAUAACGGAUAUCUUUCCAUGAAAAACAAAAAUGAAUAAUUCCGGAAAUAACCUCUCUUUGCCUUCCUUCGAGCAUAACAGCACAGAAACGGCGAAUAUUGGCGUCCAGCUCGUUGUCGGGUUAACAACUAUGAUAUCAGUUCUCCUGAACGUCCCAGUGAUAAUCAUAAUGAUAAGUGGAAGGUGUAUGGGGAAAACUAUCACCAAUAUUCAUAUCCUUAGUCUGAGUUUUAGUGACCUGCUCACGUGCGUUUCCCUACUUCCGGUAUACCAGUCUUUCACUGUUCGCCAAAUCUCCUAUUACGAGUGUUGGACGAGACUUUGCGUGUUCUGUUUUGCCAUUGCAGUGUCAAUAAUUCAUUUGUGCUUCAUCUGCCUGGAUAGAAUUUGGGCAAUUCUGCAAAGAGUUCCGGUGUCUUUGAAGCAGGCCCGCAUUCGUUUCUGGAUCAUCGUGAUCGCUUCUUGGUCUACUUCUGGUUUUAUCACCGUUACUCCAUUCGCAGUUUAUGAAAAGAAUUACGAUCUACCAUACUGCGCAGUACGGACAUUGUUCUGUAACCGGGCGGUCCCUAUACUGAAAUCAUGGUCAAUGCUUCUAUUAUUUGCAGAGAUUUUAAUUAUUGGUUCUUGUGUUUUAAUGGUUUUGGUCCUGUAUCGAUCCAUUUACCGGAAGGGACUAUUUUCUCAUCACUCCAGUUCAAAGAACGUAGUUCAUCACAGGCGCGUAUCGAUACCAGAUAGUACUCAGAUCAACGAUAAAACUUCGUCGAAUUGUAGCUUGUUUAACAGUGGGAAGAUCGACAAAAAUAUGCAGAGUGAAAACAUGAAAAACAGGAAGCUAUCUGCAUUGAAGAUAAAUAAGAUGAACGUCAAAGAAGCAUGGAUUGAGGACGUAGGAAGUGACCAAGAUCAGGCUGGUCCGUCUUUAACUCACGAAUUCCACUUCUCGACAAAGAAAGAAAGACACCGAAACUCGGUAAACCGCAAACAUCAUUCACAUUUUUAUAACCUGAGACAGGAACGCGAUGAAUUACCUCUAAGCGUGCAAUAUCUAAAGGCUUUGUCAACCGGAGCGCCAACACAUCGACCACGGCGCCCCCGAACGACAAAACAUCAAGUAAGGGCAGUAAUAACGCUUAUCAUUCUGGCUGUCAUAUUGUUCUUAACCAUGACGCCUAUGAUAGUGUUUGUAGUGUUCAUGGAAGGUUGGUUUAAAGACUACGUCAUAACCAGACAAGUUCGCCAUACUCUCGUGUAUUUGGGAUGUUUAAACUCUGCAUUUAAUCCUAUCAUUUAUGCGUCGCGCAUACCGGAAAUACGUUCACGUAUCCUCGCAUGGAAAAACAAAAUCACGUGCCGAUAAUCCAGGUAAAUGUGAAAAAGAUCGCGAGGUAAGAUUUACUAUAAACGUUUUGUUAUCGUUCGUGAUACGGCGCUGUAAUGGUGUAUGUGUUGUUUUUGCGAUAUUUUUUUGUACAUGUCUGAUUAGGAUAUACGGAAAAAAAUUAAUUCGAUGAUAGCCUCAUAUGCCUUGUCUGCAUGUGUGUGUGAUAAUAACAUAUAUGUCUUCAUAGCUUUGAUUAAAGAAUAGCGAUAUUGCAAACCAUUAUGAGCAUCGUCUGUUUAGAGCGUGUGUACUGUAUCAACAUACGACAACAGUAUAUACCGAUUGGAUGCCGUGUCUGAAUAAAGGCAAAUUUCAACAUAAAGAUGACAUCGUCCUAAAACCAUUAAAUAAGAUACAUAUAUAAACAUAUACAUGUGAAUUUCUAUUUGCUCUGCAUUGUCGAUAAAUACCUUCACUAAACAUAACAGAACGUUAUCAGAUCAUAAUUCACCUUUAACUCCAAUUAAUUUAGUGAUAUAAAGAACAAUGUUUGUGACGUCAUUUUAUUUUACGUCACUGUAUACG